UGAACGACGAUAGAGAUGGCACCACUUCAGGUGUUGUCAUAUACACCGUCUUUUGCGACGUGCACAACCAAUACCCAUCUAGCAAUCACGCUCAGCUCGGCGGGGUGAUGAAAGAUCUGGUUACAGCUGAAAUCCUUUGAGAUGACUGGCUUGAAGAGCCAAACAUGGGCGAAAUCAACCUAGAGCAUGCGAUAUACGACUUUGUACCUCCUUCUGAGGUCGUUUCACAGGGAUCAGAAGCAGCAUAAAGGAUACAUGUUCCCACGGUACCCAGGUUUAGCUCAUCAACAUCACAAGCUGCGUUCUCGGAAGAUCGGCACUUGUCGCUACAACCCUUUUCAUCAUCUCUAUACCAUUAUUGAUCAAGACCAAGCCUGAAAUUUCGGCGCCUCUAUCGUCAAGACAACCCAAAUAUAUAUCUGCAAUGGCCGCAAUUUCCCUGAUCUUGCUUGCCCUCACAACUACUCUAGUCUCUGCUACGACGACAUGGAGCGAAAACCUCGUCCUCGCCGACUGCGGUAUUGGGCUCGGAGUAAAUGGUGGCUCUACAUCACGCGAGAUGAUGUACUACUCCAAUAUAGCCUGGGGCGCCCCAACGUAUAUGGCCAAUGUCCCAUGGGACGGCUCGUACCCUUGGCGAUCCAGCGGCGUGUCGCAGACACUUCCCAACGGAGAUAAAUGGACAGUGGUAAUCGACAACAACGCUGGAGAUCCAAAUGUCGCGGGGUUCGCUUGGCAUACAUACGAUCCCAAUCCCCUGACGUGCUUCAGUCGACAUCUGGAUGGGCUCUUCACGCUGGCCGACGGCAAAAAGUGCAGCAUGGCGUACAUCUGCAACCACGCGCCAGCAGGCCCAAAACCUCCCGCGCCAGCACCAGCACCAGGACCCGCUCCACCGUCGUCUCCACCGCGACUAGAUGAGAACGCAACGCCAGGCGCGCUCAAAUACCAACCCGUCAUCGACUUUGACAAGUCAGCCUGCUACAACACCAUGGCCAUCACGCGCAGCGGCCAGUUGAACAACGGCCUGGAACUCGGGCAGGGCGACUGCCGCACACUGGACCGUCUAUCCAACAGUAACGUCUACGUACGCGAAAAGUGUACUAAUGACGGCUGGUGCUUCUACCUGUACGGCUACUACGCUGAGAAAGAUGAGGGUGGCAGCCUAGCCAGCGGACACAAGCACGACUGGGAACACCUGGUUGUGUGGACUCUGCACGGCGAGGCCAAAUACCUCGGGUGGUCGCAUCACGGGGACUACUCAGUCGACUGGGCACAUGCCGUGAGAUGGGAAGGCAGCCAUCCCAAGUUUGUCGUUGAGCGCGAUAGGGGCACUACGCAUUGUUUCCGCAAGGCGACCGAGUCGGAGCCACCAGAGAACGCGACGGGGAAGUGGGUGCGGUCGGCCUUGGUCAGUUUGGAGAGGAUGAACGGGGGGCUCAAGGACAAGAUGCUGGGGAAUAAUUGGGGUUCGGCGCACAUGGAUCUGAAGAACGAGAGGUUUGAUCAGGCGUAUUGGGAUACCUGGAAGAUGGCGAAGGCGCUUGAUAAUCUAGGGCCUCCAAGGCCGGAUCUUCCCGGUCCCCCGCACCGGGAGCUGUAGAGGCGAGGGUUUGGAUAGACAGGGCGAGUUUGUAGUGUGGGCACUCGGAUAGAGUACACAUGUAGAUGGUGCUAUGUCGUGGUAGAAAUGUGAUGAGAUGAUUAGUACAAGC